AUGGGCAGUGCUUCAGAACUUGUCAUUCCCUUCCUGGGAGCCCUUCAGGCGGCUGUGUCGGUGCUCUUGACCAUAUUUUAUGGCGUCGUCACUGCUCAAUUCAAUCUGCUUUCGGGAAAAGCCGCCAAAGAGGUAUCAGGUCUUUGUGUGCGCAUGCUACUUCCUGCGUUGCUCAUUUACAAAGUUGGUUCCGAGCUCCAGCAAGGAACGGCCCUACGUUAUCUGCCGAUUCUCAUAUGGGCAAUCGGGUAUAACCUCCUUUCGAUCGCAAUUGGAUCCGUUGCUACGCGUUUCUUCAACCUCCCGAGCUGGGCCACGCCGGCCAUGGCAUUCAAUAACACGACGAGUCUCCCACUCCUCCUGAUUCAAUCCCUCGAAGCAACCGGUAUCUUAAGCGCCAUACUUAGGCACGGCGAUAGUGCAUCGGAUGCAGUGUCGAGAGCUCAAUCAUACUUCCUGAUCAACUCCACGGUAAACAACUCGCUCACCUUUGCGCUCGGACCGAGGCUACUACGUCCUGGGGAUGAGGACGCACCGGAUGAGGAGGGGAACAAUGAAGGCGGUGAGCGUGGCAAUCAGGGAGAUCAAGACGGACAACAAGAGCGGUCUCAGACUGAUGGAUACGACGAUAUCAUCGAUGAGCACACAACCCUGCUACCACGCCACAAUGUCCGUCGAGCCAAUGCAGUUGGCUUAGAUACAUGGAAGAUAGGGAAGGAACAGUGGGAGCGCCUUCCGCAGUGGGCCCAAAACUUUCUCGGUACGGCAUAUAUGUUUGCCAACGGACCCCUGAUUGGUGCAGUUAUUGGAGCCUUCAUCGGCCUCAUUCCUCCCCUUCAUAAGCUGUUCUUCAACAAAGUCAGUGAGGGCGGGUAUCUCAAUGCCUGGUUGACUACCAGCAUCAAGAAUAUUGGCGAUCUCUUCGCUUCAUUGCAGAUCAUCGUAGUUGGCGUUAAACUGAGCCAGAGUCUGCGCAACAUGAAGAAGGGAGAAGCAAGUGGCGAAUUCUCAUGGAAGGGCUUCCUAUUCAUCACCUGCGUAAGAUUCCUGAUCUGGCCCGCUGUCAGCAUUCCGGUCAUUUACUUCACGGUGACGAAGACUAGGUUACUCAAUGCCGAUCCUAUGCUCUGGUUUGCCAUGAUGCUUAUGCCGACUGGGCCCCCAGCUAUGAUUCUGGUUGCUCUGGCUGAGGUCAACGGAAGUCCGGAGAAGCAGAAGAUGGCCAUUGCCAAGUUCCUCACGGUGAGCUAUGCAAUCACGCCGCUGAUUUCUUUUGCCGUCGUAGGAGCCCUGAAAGCCUGCGAAUCGGCUUUAACGACUUGA